CAGGUGACGCAGGAGUGGGGACAGGCCAGCCGCCACCAUGGUCGCCCUCUCGCUGAAAAUCAGCAUUGGCAAUGUGGUGAAGACGAUGCAGUUUGAGCCCUCCACCAUGGUGUACGACGCCUGCCGGAUGAUCCGCGAGCGGGUGCCCGAGGCCCAGAUGGGACAGCCCAAUGAUUUUGGGCUGUUCCUCUCGGAUGAAGACCCAAAGAAAGGGAUCUGGCUGGAGGCUGGGAAGGCUCUGGACUACUACAUGCUUCGCAAUGGGGACACCAUGGAGUACAAGAAGAAGCAGCGGCCCCUGAAGAUCCGCAUGCUGGAUGGGACAGUGAAAACGGUGAUGGUGGAUGACUCCAAAACCGUCACGGACAUGCUCAUGACAAUCUGUGCCCGGAUCGGCAUCACCAACUAUGAUGAGUACUCACUUGUUCGGGAGAUUAUGGAAGAGAAGAAGGAGGAGGUUACUGGCACCCUCAAGAAAGACAAGACCCUGCUGCGAGAUGAGAAGAAGAUGGAGAAGCUCAAGCAGAAGUUGCACACGGAUGACGAGUUGAAUUGGCUGGACCACGGCCGGACCCUGCGCGAGCAAGGCAUCGACGACAAUGAAACGCUGCUGCUGCGGCGCAAGUUCUUCUACUCUGACCAGAAUGUGGACUCGCGAGAUCCUGUGCAGCUCAACCUGCUCUACGUGCAGGCUCGUGAUGACAUCCUUAACGGUUCCCACCCUGUCUCCUUUGACAAAGCCUGCGAGUUUGCCGGCUACCAGUGCCAGAUCCAGUUCGGGCCGCACAAUGAACAGAAGCACAAGCCAGGCUUUCUGGAACUCAAGGAUUUCCUGCCCAAGGAGUACAUCAAGCAGAAAGGGGAGCGCAAGAUCUUCAUGGCCCACAAGAACUGCGGGAACAUGAGCGAGAUUGAGGCCAAAGUUCGCUACGUGAAACUUGCUCGUUCCCUCAAGACCUACGGGGUCUCCUUCUUCUUGGUCAAGGAGAAGAUGAAGGGGAAGAACAAGCUGGUGCCGCGGCUGCUGGGGAUCACCAAGGAGUGCGUGAUGCGUGUGGAUGAGAAGACCAAGGAAGUGAUUCAGGAAUGGAGCCUGACCAACAUCAAGCGUUGGGCGGCCUCGCCCAAGAGCUUCACCCUGGAUUUUGGAGAUUACCAGGAUGGUUACUACUCAGUGCAGACGACGGAGGGGGAGCAGAUCGCCCAGCUGAUUGCCGGCUACAUCGAUAUCAUCCUCAAAAAGGUGAGGCUCAAAGACCACUUUGGACUGGAGGGGGAUGAGGAGUCCACCAUGCUGGAAGACUCUGUGUCUCCAAAGAAGUCAACCGUCUUGCAGCAGCAGUUUAACCGUGUAGGCAAGGCAGAGCUGGGCUCGGUGGCCCUGCCAGCCAUCAUGCGGACAGGGGCUGGAGGGCCAGAAAACUUCCAGGUGGGCACGAUGCCGCAGCCUCAACUGCAAAUCACCAGUGGCCAGAUGCACCGAGGGCACAUGCCUCCCCUGACUUCAGCCCAGCAAGCCCUGACUGGCACCAUCAACUCCAGCAUGCAGGCUGUGCAUGCAGCCCAGGCCACGCUGGACGACUUCGAGACCUUGCCGCCCCUCGGGCAGGAUGCUGCAUCCAAAGCUUGGCGCAAAAACAAGAUGGAUGAGUCAAAGCAUGAGAUCCACUCCCAAGUGGAUGCUAUCACUGCCGGCACAGCCUCGGUGGUCAACCUCACUGCAGGGGAUCCAGCGGACACGGACUACACCGCUGUGGGCUGCGCCGUCACCACCAUCUCUUCAAACCUGACGGAGAUGUCCAAGGGUGUGAAGCUGCUGGCCGCACUGAUGGAGGACGAGGGAGGGAACGGGCGGCAGCUUCUGCAGGCAGCAAAGAACCUGGCGAGCGCCGUCUCGGACCUGCUGAAAACGGCACAGCCUGCCAGUGCUGAGCCUCGCCAGAAUCUCCUGCAGGCUGCUGGCCUUGUGGGCCAGACCAGCGGGGAACUGCUGCAGCAGAUCGGGGAGAGCGACACCGACCCUCGGUUCCAGGACAUGCUCAUGCAGCUGGCGAAGGCGGUGGCCAGCGCUGCUGCCGCGCUGGUGCUCAAAGCCAAGAACGUGGCUCAGAAAACAGAGGACGCAGCCCUGCAGACGCAGGUGAUCGCGGCUGCCACCCAGUGCGCCCUCUCCACCUCCCAGCUGGUGGCCUGCACCAAGGUGGUGGCUCCCACAAUCAGCUCCCCGGUUUGCCAGGAGCAGCUGAUUGAGGCUGGCAAGUUGGUGGCCAAGUCGGCAGAGGGCUGCGUGGAGGCCUCCAAGGCAGCCACCAAUGAUGACCAGCUCCUGAAGCAGGUGGGGGUGGCAGCCACGGCCGUCACCCAGGCCCUGAACGACCUGCUGCAGCACAUCAAGCAGCACGCCUUGGGCGGGCAGCCCAUCGGGCGCUAUGACCAGGCCACCGACACCAUCCUCAACGUCACCGAGAACAUAUUCAGCUCUAUGGGCGAUGCUGGGGAAAUGGUGCGGCAGGCUCGUAUUCUGGCCCAGGCCACCUCCGACCUCGUCAAUGCCAUCAAAGCUGAUGCGGAGGGAGAGACGGACCUGGAGAACUCACGCAAGCUGCUGAGCGCGGCCAAGAUCCUGGCUGAUGCCACUGCCAAGAUGGUGGAGGCUGCGAAGGGAGCCGCAGCACACCCGGACAGCGAGGAGCAGCAGCAGCGGCUGCGCGAGGCGGCGGAGGGGCUCCGCAUGGCGACCAAUGCCGCAGCCCAGAACGCCAUUAAGAAGAAGCUUGUGCACAAGCUGGAGCACGCAGCCAAGCAAGCUGCCGCCUCUGCCACCCAGACCAUCGCUGCCGCGCAGCACGCCGCCUCCUCCAACAAGAACCCUGCCGCGCAGCAGCAGCUGGUGCAGAGCUGCAAGGUGGUGGCAGAGCAGAUCCCGAUGCUGGUGCAGGGCGUACGAGGAAGCCAGUCCCAGCCGGACAGCCCCAGUGCCCAGCUGGCUCUCAUUGCUGCCAGCCAGAACUUCCUGCAGCCUGGUGGGAAGAUGGUAGCUGCAGCCAAGGCCACCGUCCCCACCAUCACAGACCAAGCCUCUGCGAUGCAACUCAGCCAGUGUGCCAAGAACUUGGCCGCGGCUCUGGCUGAGCUCCGCACAGCUGCCCAGAAGGCUCAGGAGGCAUGUGGACCCCUGGAGAUAGACUCUGCGCUGGGUCUGGUGCAGAGCCUGGAGAGGGACUUGCAGGAAGCCAAGGCAGCUGCCCGUGACGGCAAGCUCAAGCCUCUGCCGGGAGAGACGAUGGAGAAAUGUGCCCAGGACCUGGGGAACAGCACGAAAGCCGUCAGCUCUGCCAUCGCUCACCUCCUGGGAGAGGUGGCCCAGGGCAACGAGAACUACACAGGGAUCGCUGCCCGAGAGGUGGCCCAGGCCCUGCGCUCGCUCAGCCAGGCUGCCCGUGGCGUGGCAGCCAGCACCCCCGACCCGCAGGCACAGAGCGCCAUGCUAGAGUGUGCCAGCGACGUCAUGGAUAAAGCUAACAACCUCAUCGAGGAGGCGCGGAAAGCAGUGGCCAAGCCUGGUGACCCAGACAGCCAGCAGCGCCUGGCCCAGGUGGCCAAGGCAGUGUCGCAGGCCCUGAGCCGCUGCGUCAACUGUCUGCCAGGGCAGCGGGACGUGGAUGCUGCCAUCCGCAUGGUGGGAGAGGCCAGCAAGAGGCUGCUUGCAGAUUCGUUCCCUCCCAGCACCAAGAAUUUCCAGGAGGCGCAGAGCCAGCUGAACCGAGCGGCCGCAGGGCUCAACCAGUCUGCCAACGAGCUGGUGCAGGCAUCGCGUGGCACCCCUCAAGACUUGGCCAAGUCCUCUGGCAAAUUUGGGCAGGACUUCAAUGAGUUCCUGCAAGCAGGAGUGGAGAUGGCCAGCCAAUUCCCGAAUAAGGAAGACCAGGCACAGGUGGUGUCGAACUUGAAGAGCAUCUCCAUGUCCUCCAGCAAGCUGCUGCUGGCUGCAAAGGCGCUCUCUGCCGACCCUGCAGCCCCCAACCUCAAGAAUCAGCUGGCAGCAGCGGCACGGGCCGUGACCGACAGCAUUAACCAGCUGAUCACCAUGUGCACCCAGCAGGCGCCAGGCCAGAAGGAGUGCGACAAUGCCCUGCGGGAGCUGGAGACGGUGAAGGAGCUGUUGGAGAACCCCACCCAGACCGUCAACGACAUGUCCUACUUCAACUGCCUUGACAGUGUCAUGGAGAACUCCAAGGUGCUGGGCGAGUCCAUGGCUGGCAUCUCCCAGAAUGCCAAGAACAGCAAACUGCCCGAGUUCGGUGACUCCAUCAGUGCCGCCUCCAAAGCUCUCUGUGGGCUGACGGAGGCAGCUGCCCAGGCUGCCUACCUUGUGGGGGUCUCGGACCCCAACAGCCAGGCUGGACAGCAGGGCUUGGUAGACCCCACUCAGUUUGCCAGAGCUAACCAAGCCAUACAGAUGGCCUGCCAGAAUCUGGUGGAUCCUGCCUGCACCCAGUCCCAGGUGCUGUCAGCAGCCACCAUCGUAGCAAAGCACACCUCGGCCCUGUGCAACACAUGCCGCCUGGCCUCCUCCCGCACGGCCAACCCUGUGGCCAAGCGCCAGUUCGUCCAGUCAGCCAAGGAGGUGGCCAAUAGCACGGCCAACCUGGUGAAGACCAUCAAGGCCCUGGAUGGCGAGUUCAACGAGGAGAACCGGGAGCGGUGCCGUGCCGCCACCGCCCCUCUCAUAGAGGCCGUGGAUAACCUGACAGCCUUUGCCUCCAACCCGGAGUUUGCCACUGUUCCUGCCCAGAUCAGCCUGGAGGGACGCAGAGCCAUGGAGCCCAUUGUCUCUUCAGCCAAGACCAUGCUGGAGAGUUCUGCUGGCCUCAUCCAGACCGCCCGCUCUCUGGCUGUCAACCCCAAGGACCCACCGCAGUGGUCGGUGCUAGCUGGCCACUCUCGCACUGUCUCGGACUCCAUCAAGAAGCUGAUCACCAACAUGAGGGACAAAGCUCCAGGACAGCGAGAGUGUGACGAGGCCAUUGAGGUCCUGAACAGAUGCAUGCGGGAGGUGGACCAGGCCUCCCUCGCUGCCAUCAGCCAGCAGCUGGCCCCCCGAGAAGAUAUCUCCCAGGAGGCUUUGCACAACCAGAUGAUCACAGCUGUCCAGGAGAUCAGCAACCUGAUUGAGCCUGUGGCCAGCGCGGCGCGGGCCGAGGCAUCACAGCUGGGGCACAAGGUGUCGCAGAUGGCUCAGUACUUUGAGCCGCUCAUUAUGGCGGCUAUCGGCGCUGCCUCCAAAACGCCCAACCACCAGCAGCAGAUGAACCUCCUGGACCAGACCAAAACGCUGGCCGAGUCCGCCCUGCAGAUGCUGUACACGGCCAAGGAGGCUGGUGGGAACCCCAAGCAAGCUGCCCACACCCAGGAGGCUCUGGAGGAGGCCGUACAGAUGAUGAAGGAAGCAGUGGAGGACCUGACCACCACCCUGAAUGAGGCAGCCAGCGCUGCAGGUGUUGUGGGGGGCAUGGUGGACUCCAUCACCCAGGCCAUCAACCAGCUGGACGAGGGGCCGAUGGGUGAGCCAGAGGGGACCUUUGUGGACUACCAGACCACGAUGGUGAAGACAGCUAAGGCCAUCGCAGUGACUGUGCAGGAGAUGGUCACCAAAUCUACCACCAACCCGGACGAGCUGGGCAUACUGGCCAACCAACUCACCAACGACUAUGGGCAGCUGGCGCAAGAGGCCAAGCCAGCUGCGCUCACCGCCGAGAAUGAGGAGAUCGGCUCCCACAUCAAGCGCCGGGUGCAGGAGCUGGGUCAUGGCUGCGCUGCCCUGGUCACCAAGGCUGGAGCGCUGCAGUGCAGCCCCAGCGAUGCCUACACCAAGAAGGAGCUGAUAGAGAGUGCACGCAAGGUUUCUGAGAAGGUGUCUCACGUGCUGGCAGCCCUGCAGGCUGGGAACCGUGGGACGCAAGCCUGCAUCACAGCAGCCAGCGCCGUUUCUGGCAUCAUUGCUGACCUCGACACCACCAUCAUGUUUGCCACGGCAGGAACCCUCAACCGGGAGAACUCGGAGACCUUCGCUGACCACAGGGAGGGCAUCUUGAAAACAGCCAAGGCGCUGGUGGAGGACACCAAGGUGCUGGUGCAGAACGCCACGGCCAGCCAGGAGAAGCUAGCCCAGGCUGCCCAGUCGUCAGUGUCCACUAUCACCCGCCUGGCGGAGGUGGUAAAACUGGGUGCCGCGAGCCUGGGAUCUGAAGACCCGGAGACUCAGGUAGUCCUGAUCAAUGCUGUGAAGGAUGUGGCCAAGGCACUUGGGGAUCUGAUCGGUGCCACCAAGGCAGCUGCUGGCAAAGCUGGGGAUGACCCUGCUGUCUACCAGCUGAAGAACUCUGCCAAGGUGAUGGUGACAAAUGUCACUUCCUUGCUGAAGACAGUGAAAGCCGUUGAGGAUGAGGCCACGAAGGGGACGCGGGCACUGGAGGCCACAAUAGAGCACAUACGCCAAGAGCUGGCAGUCUUCUCCUCCCCCGUGCCUCCUGCCAAAGUCUCCACGCCGGAGGACUUCAUCCGUAUGACAAAAGGCAUCACGAUGGCCACGGCCAAAGCGGUGGCCGCUGGCAACUCGUGUCGUCAGGAGGAUGUCAUCGCUACGGCCAACCUGAGCCGCCGUGCCAUCGCAGAUAUGCUGCGUGCCUGCAAGGAAGCCGCCUACCACCCGGAGGUGAGCGGGGAUGUGCGGCAGCGGGCGCUGCGCUUCGGUAAGGAGUGUGCCGAUGGCUACCUGGAGCUGCUGGAGCAUGUGCUGGUGAUCCUGCAGAAGCCGACUCACGAGCUGAAGCAGCAGCUGGCAGGCUACUCCAAGCGCGUAGCCAGCUCUGUCACUGAGCUCAUCCAGGCAGCCGAGGCCAUGAAAGGGACAGAGUGGGUUGACCCAGAAGACCCCACUGUCAUCGCUGAGAAUGAGCUGCUGGGGGCAGCGGCUGCCAUCGAGGCUGAAGCCAAGAAGCUGGAGCAGCUCAAACCAAGAGCCAAGCCCAAGCAAGCAGAUGAGAGCCUGAACUUUGAGGAGCAGAUCCUGGAAGCUGCCAAAUCCAUUGCUGCAGCCACGAGCGCCCUGGUGAAGGCAGCCUCAGCGGCCCAGCGAGAACUAGUGGCCCAAGGAAAGGUGGGCGCCAUCCCCGCCAAUGCAGUGGAUGAUGGACAGUGGUCCCAGGGACUCAUUUCAGCCGCACGCAUGGUGGCUGCCGCCACCAACCACCCCCUGGCCUGGGCCAUGGGUUCCUUCACCCCCCUCCAGGCCGCCGGCAAUGCCGUAAAGAGAGCAUCGGACAAUCUGGUGAAGGCAGCGCAGAAGGCAGCUGCCUUCCAGGACCACGAUGAGACGGUGGUGGUGAAAGAGAAGAUGGUUGGGGGAAUUGCACAGAUCAUCGCCGCCCAGGAGGAGAUGCUGCGCAAGGAGCGGGAGCUGGAGGAGGCACGGAAGAAGCUGGCCAUGAUCCGGCAGCAGCAGUACAAGUUCCUGCCCUCGGAGCUGCGGGACGAGGAGCAGAACUGAGCCCCGCGCCCUCCCGCCGCUCACCGCACAGACUGCCGCCCACCC